CCACGAGAACCAUUAUGAUGCUUGACCGCAGCCACGCUCAUCGCCUCUCUCUCUCUCUCUCGCUCUCUCUCUCUUCUCUGAGGUUUCGAGUUCCCCCAUACGAGGAGACCGCACUCUCUCUCUCUUCUCCGAAGUUUCGGGUUCCACCAUACGAGGGGACCGAUAGUCGGAGAGAUCGAUUUGGAGUUUAGGAAUUAGAGGUGCUUGGGCAUCCUAGCUGAUGGCUGCAUUAACAACUGCUGAACUUUGUGAUACAAACUUACAAUUGAUUGCCACUGGUGAGCUGCGUGCACUCCAACCAGUCUUCCAAAUUUAUGGCAGGCGCCAAGUUUUCUCUGGCCCGGUGGUGACCCUCAAAGUCUUCGAGGACAAUGUGCUAGUCCGAGAUUUCCUUGAAGAGAAAGGUAAUGGUCGUGUUUUGGUUGUUGAUGGUGGUGGGAGCAUGAGAUGUGCAAUACUGGGAGGCAACCCGGUUGUUCAGGCACAAAACAAUGGCUGGGCCGGCAUUGUUGUUAAUGGAUGCAUUCGGGAUGUGGAUGAAAUCAAUGGGUGUGAUAUUGGUGUGAGAGCUCUUGCUUCUCACCCAAUGAAAGCGAACAAGAAAGGAAAUGGGGAGAAACACGUUCCUGUGAAUAUGGCAGGUACCAGGAUUACUGAUGGCGAAUGGCUCUAUGCAGACACAGAUGGGAUUCUGAUUUCACGAAUCGAAUUAUCAAUCUGAUAACUUCGACUUUUUCGUGUUAUAUUCUACUAUCAUUCUACUAAAUUAUAUGUACGUAGAACGAGCUUGAGAAUGAAUAACAGCGUGAUGUUUAAUAAUUUAAUGAGAUGAUUGAUCAUUAUCGCAA